CAAAGUAGUUAAAUAGAGCAGUGCACACCGGCGAGCUGCAGAAUCGCAACUGCACUUGGACCGUAAACAGAUCUCGAGUUCUUUUUGCUACUAAUAGUUACUAUGCUGCCAGCUACUUUCAAACUGUGUGCCGGGAUUUCCUACCGACACAUGAGGAACAUGACCGGCCUGAGAAAGACCGCUGUGGUCGCAAUCAACCAGGAACUGAAGAGGCUGUCAGGUCCCGGCCCUAGCAGCUGGAUACAUCACGUUCGCAGGAGGAGCUCCUUGCUCAGCAGCCGCAUCGAGGAGAAGCCCUACAGCGAGGUGGACAUGGCCUAUGUGAAACAGGGCGAGGAAGCUUUGCAGAAAUCCAUCAGCAUCCUCAGUGACCAAGAUGGCUGGAAGACCGAGAUUGUGGCAGCUAAUGGUGAUAAGGUCCUGAGCAAGGUGCUCCCAGACGUGGGCAAGGUCUUUAAACUGGAAGUUGUCCUGGACCAGCCCCCUGAUCAGCUGUAUGGCGAGCUCGUGGACAACAUGGAGCAGAUGGGCCAGUGGAACCCCAGUGUCAAGAAAGUCAAGAUCCUUCAAAAGAUUGGCCAGGACACUAUGGUGACGCAUGAGGUGGCAGCAGAGACCCCCGGGAACAUCGUGGGCCCCCGGGACUUUGUAAGCGUGCGCUGCACCAAGAGGAGGGGCUCCUCCUGCUUCCUGGCUGGCAUGUCCACUCAUCAUCCUGGAAUGCCUGAACAGAAAGGCGUGGUCAGGGCGGAGAACGGACCAACAUGCAUUGUUUUGCGACCCAAUGCAGAUGACCCCCGUAAGACAAAGUUCAUCUGGUUACUUAGUGUAGAUCUGAAGGGAUGGCUGCCCAAAACCAUAAUCAAUCAAGUGCUGUCCCAGACGCAGGUGGAUUUUGCCCAGCACUUGAGAGCACGGAUGGCUUCUGCCCAAGUUGGAACGGCUCUUGCCUGCUGAUGCCACCUUUGGGCUCGGUGGCCAUGUGCUUAUUGAACGUGUAUUUUGACCACCAGAGUGGACACACCCUUCAAGCAACCCACCCAGCUUUAGCCCCCUGCCCCCCACUGCUACAACACAGCCCACAAACAAAAGUGCUCAAUACAUACAAGACUAUACCCAAUGAUGCUUUAAAAUGUCAAGUACUUGCUUGUUUCUGCUAUGGGAAUCAGAUGAAGGGAAGCAUUGUGAACUUUUAUUACGAAAAUCCAAGUCAACAGUUAACCCCAACAGAGCCGGUGUUGACACUACUUAUAUAACCUGAAGCAGACACAGAGAAAACUGUCCAGUUAAGAGAUUGUCUAUCUGCUGUUUUGAAAUGCAAAUUAUGUCAUGUGAACUAGCUUAUUUAUUUGAUUUGCAAUUACAAAGCCUUCAUGCAUAUAUUCUAUAUAUUGGAGUUAUUUAUUUUUCUAUUUAAAUGUAUGCAAGACUUUAAGUGUUUAAAAGAUUUUCAAUGCCACUCAAAAUGGGACACUGGAUUCCUUUUUAAAUUAAUGUGCUUUGUGAAGUUUGUCUAUCUGUUUUUAGAAGAUGUCUUUACCGAGACCCAUGCUUCUCAAAUUGUGCAAGUGUCUUAAUGAGGUGGAAUAAAGAUAUUUCAGUCCUA